AUAUCGAAUUUUACUCGGACCCAGGUAAUGAUGGUCCCGAUGACGUAACACGUGUAUGUGGAUUGAAAUUCAAACAUGACGCCGAAUUUUCCCGAGAAUUUGAUGCCAUGAUGGUUAGGUCACAUGACCUGGACUCUGCUGACCUAUUGAACUGUAAUUAUUCCCGCGCAUUGGGGGUUUGAAUGGAUGUCGUGGAACCGCCAUUGCAGCUUCAGCACAUUAGUGAAGGACUAAUUUGUUUUAGUGUGACCAAUUCUAAAAUUAUCGAUUUUCUACUUGUUAUGGUUAGUCAUGAAUGAGUAACGAAUUUGUAUCAUUAGCAUAAAUGGAUAUGGUCUUGAUGAUUCUUUGGAAGGUGAUGAUGUGUACAAUGCAGAUUAUAAACUUACUCCACUCCAAAAGCUUGAAAAGUACAUGCAGAGUGAGAAUGUGUACACAAGACAAAUGGUUGCACGUGGGCUUCUGGACACACUGCGGGCAGUGGAAGAGACAGAAGAUGACGUGUUGCCAGUGUUUAAUGCCAUGGUUAAAUUGUCACAAGACUCUGAUCCUAUUGUACGGUCCGAGUUAAUGGAGCAGGUGCCCCAUUUAGCUGUUUAUUGUCAAGACAAUGCAGAUAUCUAUGAUCGGUCCAUUUCAUCUUAUCUUUUACCUAUGGUUGUGAGAUACCUUAAUGACCAAAAUAAUCAGGUUCGAAAAACAAGCCAGGCAGCUUUACUUGUCUUGAUGGAACAAGAACUAAUAUGUAAAGAGGACAUAGAGCAACAAGUAGUGGGAGUAAUUUUGGACCUGGCCAGUCCCGACAGCCUAGACGACUACAGAACAGAGGCUGUAGCUCUUAUGAGCAAAAUGGCUCCACUCCUUGGAAAAGACAUGACUGAGCGUUUGUUCUUGUUACGAUUUUGUGAAAUGUGUACAGACCCCCUCUUUCAUGUGAGAAAGGUGUGUGCGGCAAACUUUGGUGAUAUGUGUAAAGUUGUUGGUCAGGACAACACAGAGCAGCAUUUGUUGCCUAAAUUUUACUACCUGUGUGAGGAUGGCGUCUGGGGAGUCAGGAAGGCGUGUGCUGAGUGUUUUAUGGUCGUGUCUUGUUCAUGUUCCCAGGAUGUCCGAAAAGGAGAACUCGCCAAUCUGUUUGUCAAUCUGCUCUGUGAUCUUUCUAGAUGGGUUCGUAUGGCAGCUUUUCAACAAUUGGGACCAUUCAUAUCAACCUUUGCUGAUCCAGGCUUGACUGGGUUGUAUGUCAAUGAAGAUGGCAUUCUAAGUGUUCAAGUAGAACAACUGCAUAACAUUGAAAGACUGAGAGAACUUGGAGAAAAAUUGGAGCAUGAGAGUAAACAAAUCCAAGCCAGUGGGUUAACGGAAGAGACAGAUGAGUCGGCGGAGGACCAGACCCUUGAUAAGAACCCCCAGAGUGAAACUCGAUCUAGUAGUGUCUGUGAUAUGAACAUGGACCUCAGUGAAACUGAUGACUCCACAGAAAUUAUCAUUUCUUCUUGUGCUACAAAUAAUUCCUCAUCAGAGGGCGAGUUGUCCUUGGAAGAAAUAAGGGCUCAAGAAUACCAGGCAAAAAAAUCAGAUGAGAGACUUGCCGAGUCUGGUUCUAAAUCCGAGGAAGCUGGAUCAGAGAAAGACAACUGUGAUAAAUGUGAUAUUGAGGAGACAGGUGCCCCGAGGCAGGGAGAGGAGAAUGCGGAGAGUAUAUGUAGUGACGAGUCAAGUAGAGAGGAUGAUACCAAAGCCAGCUGUGAUUCCGUAGACCAGAACAAACCUGAGAUAUCAAGUCAAGAAGACCUAGUGCAUAUACAUUCUGAUUCCUCACUAAAUACCUACGAUUCCUUUAAUUUCUGGCGGGACCCACUACCAGAAGUUAGUUUAGAUUUAGAUGUUUUAAAUGACAAUCAAGAUAAAGACGGAGUAAACCUAUCUUCGCGUACAGCCACGGAGAAUGAAUGUGAUACAAUCAACAGUGAUAUGGGUAGUUUGUCAUUGACUGAUUCCGGGAACUAUCCACUCAGUGCUUCUAAUCAGUCCAAAAGUCAGAUCCACACGGCCAGCAUUAGUUCUGUUUCUGAGGAAUCCGUCAGCCACAUUGGAAGUACACAUGUACUCGGCCAGAACCUGAAUGAAGUCAUGGAAGGUGUGGUACAUGAUUACGGCUUUAUUGACAGUUUUUCUGAGCUGUCUCUAUUGCCUCUUACAGAUAUCAGUGGCUCCAGCCUGGGAUACAUUGACAGUGACAGUUCUCAGGACAUUGUAGAGACCAUGGAUGAAGCUUCUCUGGCACAGAUGCAGGACAUUGUGCCUCAGAGUCUGUUGGAGAGUUACCUGGGGAUGGUUGAUCCUUCCCGAGCCCAGACCGUGGACACAGAGAUUACCAAACACUGUGCUUACAAUCUGCCAGCUGUAGCUUACACCUUAGGCAGGAAAAACUGGAACUGUAUCAAAAUAUUGUACGAUAAACUUGCCUCAGAUAUGCAGUGGAAAGUGAGGAGAACAUUGGCUUUCUCUAUACAUGAGAUGGCUAUCAUUCUGGGAGAUGACAUCACCCAUAGAGAUCUUGUUCCUGUGUUUGACGGAUUCCUGAAGGAUUUAGAUGAAGUCAAGAUUGGGGUGUUAAAACACUUGGCCGAUUUCUUGAGGCUCUUAAAACCAGAUGUGAGAAGGCAGUAUUUGACAAAAUUAUCAGGAUUUCUGAACACAGACAAUACCAGAAAUUGGAGAUUUAGACUAGAACUGGCAGAGCAGCUGAUCAUGACGUCGGAGUUGUUCUCUUCUGUGGAGAUCAGCCAGCACCUGCUGCCCAUCUGUCUGUCUUUAAUGGAGGACAAGGUGUCAGAGGUCAGAUUAGUGGCCUACAAACUGAUGAGUGCUAUGGUAAAGAGGCUAGCUUAUGAAGAUGAAAAAUUAACAGAAGGAUUACUGAAUGAACUAGUGUCCAAGUUUGCAAAGAGCAACAAAUGGGUUUGCAGGCAGAUCUAUGUGCAGAUGUGUUAUGCUGUGUUGGAGGAUGAGUCGCUUCCCUUGGAUCUCUUUUCCAAACACCUGCUUCCAGUGUUGCUCAACAUAAGUCAUGACCCUGUACCUAAUGUUAGGCUCUCUCUUUCCAAGGUCAUGAACGAUCAAAUUAUUCCAAGAGAAUAUUUUACCACUGAAGGUCACCCUCAGCACGAGGAAAUCCUGAAGACGUUGGAGCGAUUACAGACAGACAGUGAUCGGGAUGUCCGAUAUUUUGCCAAUCCUGUGCCAGAGAACACCAGUCUGCUGGAUUACGAGGAUGAUGCUAUCGAGGAUAUUGAUGUAGAAACGUUGCCAGUAUAAUUACAAUGGACCGUUCUACUCAGGGACCAACCAGUGAUAUGCAAUGUUUCUCACCACCAUCCUUAACUCAACAAACUGUUCGAAGCAUCUCAAUGGUGUCCAUGUUUAGGAUAUUUAAGAUGGAAUAUGAGACAAGACUGUCCCUUUAAAACUGUUGAUUAAGUGAUCGUUACCAAAAUUAGCCAUGAUUUAACUUUUUACAUACAAAAAGAUUAACAAUGUUGAAAUGUUUGC